CGUGCCAAAAAUGGAUGACCCCAAACUACCCUCUCAUCACUCAUCCAUCUCUCUCAUUGCUAGGCUGGAUCAUUUGGAGUUCAUUGUGACCUUUUCACUUCCCUAAUAACCUUCUUCUUAUUUGUCACAAUCACGUCAAUUUUCUCACAUAUCUUUCUUAGAAUCUUAGCCUUUCAAACAUUUGUUUAUCCUUGUGAGCCUCGGUUUUUCCUUAUACAUGUGUGUUUAUGGUUGUCAUGACAGAUGAAAUACUUAGAAAGAAAACAAAGAUAUGGCAGCAAUGUCCCUGCUGACAAAGCCAAACAAUCUUUGGAUUUGUCCACCAAAGAGGAUCUCUUUAAAGGCACAAUGUUGGAUCGAGUUGCCUCUCUUGAACACAGACUUUUUAAGCUUUAUGUAGAGAUUGAUUCAAGCGGAAAUUCUGUACCGUUGUCCCGUGAUUCCACACAAAUUUCUGGGGAGUGUUCUACCAGCCAGGGAUCCAAGACAGAAAUAUGUCGCUCGUUUCCAACUUUCAACAAUCUCUCAGAUAAUACUGAGAGAGGAUUAGUGCCUAUUAAGACAAAUGAAAUAUCCCAGGAAAAAUGUGAGAGUGAGAAGGAACAAAUCAAAAACUCGUGCCCUCCUAAGCAACAGGUGCAGGUGGUGAAGAAUAGACCUAAGAAGAAGGAAAAGAAAGGCCAAGUUGAGAAGAAACGAGUAUCUACUGUUAGUUGGCCACAUUUAAAACUACUAGGUUGCUGAUCCUCAUAACAUUGGUUUUGCAUAAGAAGUUUGGAGAAGAGGUGGUAAUGGUGCAUUGAGAAACAGAGGAAGUUCCAGUGACUUGGGAUGCUUCGCGUAACAUCCCAUAUUUUAUUAAAGUUGUCGUGAAGGAAUCUUAAUUGCCCCCUUUGACCCGAAACCAUGACAUGAAUGCAUUGUAUAAUCACAAUGUGGGAUACUACCAUCUUUAAUAUUCCUCUUUUGCUAUAAAUGGCUCAUGCUAUGUACCUGUAAUUGCAAAACCAAAUAAUUACUUAUUUCCUUCAUUUUCUUCUAGUACAUCAUUUUCGUUUAAUUUAUUCUAGACAGAAAUAUUGUUCUGAGUUUCUUUCUAUUCUUCGCAUGUUAAAGGACAUGUUAUUUCAGGUUGCAAACUGUUAUUAGAAUUGACUUUGUUCAUCAUUUGCAUGUGAUUCAUAUACUUAUCAUUUAGUUGGUUCUAGUAUAAGUUACUAUAAAUAAUAGUGGUUGACUUGCUCUAAUCUAAGUUUGUUAACUGUGAAAAAAGAAGUCCCACAUCGAUGGGAACUUACUUUGGGGAUUACUUUUAAUGUUAUAAAAGGAGUCCAGUGUUUCCUUAGGAAAUUAUCCCAAAGUCUCUCCCUUUCUAUUCCUUUUACUUUACUUGCUUGAGAGAAGAAUUAAAAGAGAAUAUUAGUUUCUCCUCUAAGAGAGAAGGUUAGUUUCUCCUUUAAGGUUCUCCUUGUAUUAGUUUUUCCUAUUUCCAAGAGAGGGGUUGUCAUUGUUUUCUCCUUGGAAUUAGAGAGAAUGAUAUGUAAUUUUUCCUUUUCUUGAAUA